AUGCUUGAUAAAUACUUCUCAGAGAUCUUUCUGGCUUACUGUGGCGAUACUCAGCAACGGCCGGAGAGAGAAUUGGCUCUGAAUUUGAAACAAUUGUUGGAUAAACGAUGUAAUUCGGAGAAGUUUGUGAUGAGAUCCCAGAGAAUUGGGCUUGGAACAGCGAGCUCUUUGGCCAGAUAUUUCGCUCAAGUCAAUAGCAAGGAAAAUCCAUUACUUAUUUUGGAUCUACACGAAAAUGUUAUUCGGGAUAAAGGAGUCCAAGCAUUGAUGGACGAAUUAAAAUCAUUGAACACGCUGAAAGUAUUGGAUUUUGGUAGUAAUGAUUUAGGCUCGGAAUCAGCCUUACUAUUGGCUGAAUAUUUAAAAAGUCCAGAUUGUACACUUGAGACACUAUUGCUAGGAAGCGAUAAUUCUGAUUUAUAUGCAAACAAAAUUGAUGCGGAAGGAGGUGUUGCCAUUGCUGAAGCCUUGCUCGGAAAGAAAACUCAGCAAGCUUUCUUUGCUCUUGCUGAUGCCUUUGAUGAAAACAAAACAAUUGCUUGCUUAAGGUUAGGUCAAACAAGCAUGGGGUCUGUUGCUGCUAUCAAUGUCAUUCAAUCUUUGGAAGGUAACGAAAAUUUAAGGUAUCUCGAUAUUCAUGGGAACAAGUUGUCGAUGGACAUUGCAGAAAGUCUUGGGAAAAUGACAUGCUCGUGUCCAAGCUUAUCAGUGCUUCUUUUGCAUGACAACAACAUCAAAAAUCGAGGAACAGAAAUUUUGUGUAAUUAUUUACAGGCAGAGUCUUUUCUGACAGUUUUGAAUUUAGCGGGAAAUGGUAUCACAAAUGAUGGUGCUUUUGCUAUUUCAAACUACCUGUCUUCACGACACACGCUAACAUAUCUCAAUAUUAGUCACAAUCAAAUUGCAGAAGAAGGAAUUGAAAGUAUAGCAGCAGCUAUCAACAAUCCUCAAUCCUGUCUUCACACGUUAAUUGUGAGUAACAAUAGAAUGGGAAACGGAGGAGCGAAAGCUCUUGCAAAGUGUGUUGAAUACGACCAAUGUGGAAUUGUAAAUUUAGAGUUAAAUGCUUGUGGAAUUGGAGACAGUGGAGCAGUUGCUCUUUGCUUGGCUCUUACUUGCAACACCAAUUUAUUGUACUUAAAGAUGCAUAACAAUCACAUUUCCGAAGAAGCCGGACUUGCAAUUGUUGAUCUCCUUGAAAAGAAUCACACCAUUGUAUCUUUUGAUGUGAGAGGAAAUCAAUUAGACCAUCCUACAUAUUUGAAAAUUAAGAAACUCAUGCAAAGGAACAAAACUGAUAAAAUGUUGGUCGAGCCUAACAAAUUACGAAGAGAAGUGAUCCGAUUAAAAUAUGUUCGUCAUUUAUUGGAGGAGGCUUCAAAAGAAUUAGAAUAUCAAGAAAAUGUAAGACAUGAAACUACUUCCAAGGUUGAAAGAAUCAGUGAAAGAAUUAAGGUAAUUUCCGAAGAGACAGACGCUUCAGCCAACGAAAUAAUUGUUCAAAUACAAGAGGAACAGAAACGAAUAGAUUAUUACCAAAACAAAAUUGCCACCAUUCUAGAAGAAAAGAAGAAAAGAGAUGAAAUUAGUUCAGUAAGAUGGCAAGAACUUUCAGCCCUGCUUCAAAAAGAACAAACAGCAAAAGAAGAGCUUGAACACGAGUUAAAUGAGCUAAAGUUGGGAAUGGCAGAUGCAAAGCGUAAAAAAGAAAUUGAAACCAGAUCUCUUCAAGAAAAGAUAAAAUCCACCAAAAUUCAAACGCAAGAUAUGGAACGAAGAAGAGAAAAAUGCUCAAUGGAUAUUGUAGAUAUGCGAGUAAGAUUACACGACUUGGAGAUGGAAUAUUUGGAAAAGUUUGGAAGUGAUCAGCAGGAAAAGAUCAACGUACUAUACCAAAAAUUGAAAAUGGAGGACGAAGAACUCUUCGCUAAACAAACCUCAAUGACUAAUCUUUUACAAAAUGUUGAAAGCUUCAAAAAGACGCCGAGAUAUUUACAACCACACUCCCAACCUAACAUUUCCCAACAUUCUGAAAGUUCUUCUUCUAUUGGAUCCAAGAAGCCAACAGUGGAGAGCUUGCCAAUUGACUCCAAAUCUAGCACUACUACGUCGACAGCCAAGGAGCCCAAGUCCUCAAGCAAUCCAUCCACUGGACGAAAAGGAGACCGAAGAAAGUCGAGUCCUCCUGCGUCAAGCAGACGGCAAUCUACUUCUCAUGCUUCAACAACUGCAGCAACAACAACUGCAUCUACUCAACCUCCUCAAGCUCAGCCAACUGGAAAGAUGAGAGUCACCAACUUGAGUAUUUAUGAUUCGAAUAUUAUUAAUAAAUAA